CACGUCUGCUGCAGGUAUUAGUUGUCGUAUGUACGUUGGGGAUGUAACGUUGAUACCUGUGAUUUUUUGUCGGAUAAAAUAUGAAGAAUUCUGAGGAAGUACACCAGCACACUGAGGCGAUAUACAGGGGCCUCACAGAGAACUUUAACCCAGGGAUAAAACAGGUCCUGUUAUGUGGAAAAGCCUACCACAAAGCCCUCCAAGGAUUAACUGCGUCAGCCAGAGCUUAUUCCGAGUCACUGCUCAAGAUUGGCGGUAUAUCAAGGUCUACAUGUAGAGGAGGCACAGAGGAUGUAGGUGAGGCCAUAUUCCAGAUAGCAGAAGCACAGAGAGACAUUCAAGCCAGAAUAGAAGAAAGUACAAAGGCAUUAUUCUCUGAGCUAAUUUUACCACUGGAGCAGAAACUAGAAAAUGAAUUUCGACGAUCAACAGUCCAACAUAAGAAGUACAAUCACGGUCACAAAACUGUCCUCGUGCCUUUUGCCAAAGCUCACGACUCCCUCAGGAAGUUCAGGAAGAAAACUAAGAACAAACUUGUGUAUGAUGAACAAAAGGAAGGACAGUAUGUAAAAACUUUGAAUAAAUGCCAGGAAAAACUGGAUGAGUUCCGUGUCCAGGGAUUAAAGCUUGCAUUACUUGAAGAGAGAAAAUGUCACUGUUUCUUGUUAGAACGACUAUCCACUAUUGCAAGCAUGAAUGCAGCACAUCACAGACAGGGAGCAGAAAUGCUGUCUAUGGGAUUACCGAGCUGGCGACACCUGUCAGCCAGGUCCCAUAUCCUACCCCCAGAGGCUGACCGCUUACUUAUGAUACAGAAGGAUGAGGACUUCGAGCAUGCCAAUGGUUCUAUAUACCGUGUCAGUAAUGGGUAUUUACCAGACGAGACUCGGUCUGUCGGUACACCCUACAGAAGAUCCAGGAGCUACCAUGAUGGACCACGCACACCCAUGGACUACAAUGGAGAUUUCUCAUAUGCAACAAGAACCAUGCCCCCAUCACGAGGAAUCAGUGUACCACCUCCCCCUCCCCCGGGGCUCUCCCAGGUGAGGGCCAUCUACACACAUGCUGCAGAGGGAGACAGUAAACUCAGCUUCACAGAAGGGGAUGUCAUCAACCUUAUAGGGGAACCAUCUGAUGGAUGGCAUUAUGGUCUAAAUAAUCGCAGUGGAAGGUAUGGCUGGUUUCCUCUGUCCUUUACAGAACCAAUGAUGGACAUGGCAGGCAGAGAGCCACAGCCGAUGGGUCACCGUGUAAAGAGUAUGGGUGACCUAGACACAAGAUCACUUUCAGACGGUGGCAGUUUUCUUGUUGACGGGGAUGUUCCAGGAGCCACAAGACGUCCCAAGUCUGUUUAUGAGGGCUCAGGAUUGAGGCUUGUCAACAAUCCAACACAGAGUGAGGUGACCACCUCUGGUUAUGGAAAUCGCCAAUCAUCGAGUAACCCUCCUCCCCCACCACCACCUGUAUCAUCAUCAUUCCAUGACGACAGCAGGCCGAGACCACCUACUUCAAUGCCCCCUCUGCCUCCAAGGAUGUCCAAUGGACAAGGGGGAUCACAUCCAGCGGAGGACUAUGAAACUGACGAGGAAGACACAAAGCUUUAAGGAGAAAAUAAAUAUCACAUAUGGUUUGUAAUGAACUCGACAUCAACUCAUGGUUAUAAACAGAUUCUUAUAUAUAGCAUGCACAAAAUAUGACAUUGUGUUAUCUCUUGCAUCUUGUAUAAACCUCAGUAUUUAUGUCAUGUCACUUUCUAAUGAGGUAGAUUAUAACAAGGUCUAAGUAGAUUAAUUCAUGUCAAUAAUGAAACAGGGUUCUACUGAUUGUAUGCUUAUAUAUAGAAAAUAUGAACAUUUUACAGUCUGUGUUAGCAUGUGUAUGUAAUAUCUUCUUCUGCUUUACCUGUAUUUCUAGUGUAUCUGUUCUUUAUUAUAUUUAGUAUUAUAAUAUACAGAGAAACCCUUCUAGACCGAUCAUUACUACAACGAAUGGAUAAAUAAACUGGUUUACACAGGUUUCCAAAUUAUACAAUAUAUUCAGAAAGGUUAUUUAUGCUCCAUUGUCUGUUAAAGUUACCUAAAUGAUAAAACAUGAAUUACCUAAAAUGUUUAUAAUUGAUUUACAUAAUGAAGACUGGCAUUUAUAUUAUUAUGAUUGCAAAGGUGUUUCAUUUAAACUAUACAUUUCUGAUACCUUUUGCUUUGUUAUGUACAUUCUGAUUCAAAAUUUAUCAGUUUGUUUAUAUGGUUGAAUUGCCGUACAUUGUAAAUAAUUUACUACAUUUUACUCAUCCUUCUUUGCGUUAUUUUUUUCAUGGUAAAUCUGAUAAUGUAUGGCGGACCAAUAGGUCAUUUUAUUGUUGUUUUUUUGUGGUUGAUCAGGUCUAAUUCAGUCAGUGUCACUCGGACGGUACAGAGGGUGAGUCAAGGUCACCAUGCAGUCGGUAAUAGAGUUAUCUCCCCUACAACAUAAAAUAUAUCAAUACCAACAUCACUGUCAUGUUGACCUCUUCAUACAGUUAUCUGCCUGUUACAUACAGCCAGGGUAUCAAUGAGAAUGCAUUGAUGAUUUCAAGGACAGCCCUUCAGUUUUAAACCUGUAAUCUGUAUGGCUACUAGAGGUCAACAUGAAAGGUCAGUGUGAUCUGAUUUAGUUAUAAUAGAAAUCAGUACAGUAAAUAUUUAUUCACAUUAUGUCAUAGCCCGCGGCAGUUAUAUAAGACUUAUGGAACAGGAAUAAAUCUACUGACCCAGAAUCACAGGUAUUAUGUAACAAAAAUCAUUAUCUCUAACAAAAAUCAUUAUCUCUGUGGGUAAGACAUAUGUUGAAUAAGUUAUACUAAGAUAAAAGGGAGAUAACUUGAAAAGAAUGCUGUAUUAUGUUGAGCGACCGACAUACAUUGUUUGUGACAUAAAGUAGUUGUAAUAUACAUAAUCAUAUAUAAUAUAAUCACUUUUUCUUUAAUGCAUGAUGAAUAAAGACUAUUUUUUCUCUUAUUUUGUCACUAUAUAUAUUACCUUCAACAGGAAAAAGGGACAAUAUAUUAUCAGUAGUUUUGGAACAGGUACUUCUGUAAACUGGCUAGAUAUAUGAACUCUGAACUUGUUUCUACAGGUUUCCAUCUGGGCUCUGGUGUUAGGUUUGUCUCAAUAUUUAAUAACAGAUAAUUAUUAGAAUUUAUUACAUAUUUAUCAUAAAUGUUAACAAAACUGUCCCCUUUCCUCCCCUUUCUAACAGACAUAUGAUACAUUAAUGUUUCAAUUUUCAUCUAGAUAUCAAUAACUGUUUAACAGGUAUGCCCUUGACACACAAUCAUGAACAUUUAAGAUGCACUUAAUUGACAUUUGACCUUGCAAUGAAGGUUGCAGUGACCCAGUUAUAGUAUGUAUAUUGCACAGGGUCUGUGGGUGAUGCAUAAACAUGUACAUUGUAUAUGUUUCAAGUCAUCAAGAUCUUUAACAGUUCAGUGUUAUGACUUGGACAAGAUAAUAUUGAAACAUUAAAACUACAACAACAGUGAUUGAGAAGAAGACAACAAGAAAAAUGUGCCAUUAUUAGCUACAAGAAGAUAUUAGUAUCAUUUCUGUAAAUGGCUAGCCUACUAAAGGCUUGAUAUGAUAAAGUUAUCAGAUGUAAGGUAAAGGUUAUUUGUCAAUGCCAAGGCUGCAGAAGUUCAGUCACUGUCGAGGCUGUAGAAAGUCAGUAAAAGUAACAGCAAGGCUGCAGAUAAUCAGUCAUUGAAAGUCAAUGUUGCAGAUAUUCAGUCAAUGUCAAAGCUGUAGAAGUUAAGUCAAUGUCAAUGAUGUACAAUGUCAGCCAAUGUCAAUGUUGUAGAAGGUCAGUCAAUGUCAAGGCUGUAGGUCAGUCAAUGUCAAUACUGCAGAAGGUCAGUCAAUGUCAAGGCUGUACAAUGUCAGUCAAUGUCAAUGCUGUACAAUGUCAGCCAAUGUCAAGGCUGUACAAUGUCAGUCAAUGUCAAUGCUGUACAAUGUCAGCCAAUGUCAAGGCUGUAGAAGGUCAGCCAUGUCAAUGCUGCAGAAGGUCAGUCAAUGUUAAGGCUGUACAAUGUCAGUCAAUGUCAAGGCUGUAGAAGGUCAGUCAAUGUCAAGUCUGAACAAUGUCAGCCAAUGACAAUGCUGUAGAAGGUCAGUCAAUGUCAAGGCUGUAGAAGGUCAGUCAAUGUCAAGGCUGUAGAAGGUCAGUCAAUGAAUGUCAAUGCUGCAGAAGAUCAGGCAUUGAAUGUCAAUGCUGUUGGUAGUCUGUGUCAAGACUUUAGGUCAGUCAAUGUCAAUACUGCAGAAGAUCAGCCAUUGAAUGUCAAUGCUGUAGGUAGUCAAUGUCAAUGCUGCAGAAGGUCAUUCAAUGAAUGUCAAUGCUGUUGAAGGUUAGUCAAUGUCAAGGCUGUAGAAGGUCAGUCAAUGUCAGAUCAGCAUGUCUGACAAUUUGAUAUACGGGUUGUGAAACAGGUAGGGAUUUUAUAUAGUUGACAAUUUCCACUGGCACACGACACAUUACCAGCAUGUACACCAACUCUAUCACUGUUAUACUUGUAGUGAGGUGCUAAGUUGACCCUAUAAUAGUGCAUGAAAUCAUAUAUUUUUAUAUAUCCACACAAGUGUCUUAAUUAAAUUAUUUCUGUUAAAGCAAAUUAUGGAAGAAAAGCAAGAAUGUUCCUACAAAUGGGAAUGAUUUUUGUGUUAACUAUGAAGACAAUUUCUAGUUUCAGACAUGGUUUUCAUUUCAAGUUUCUACAUCAUACUGAUUGCAUAUCCUUUAGAGAAACGUCAUGUUUCAAAUAAGAUUUGUGCCAUUUGCAGCAUUGUUGGUUUACAGUUUUGAAUUAAUGAUACAUGUAUAAGGAAAGGAUGGAUGGAAAAAACAAAGGAUUUUUAAUACAAGUACCAUUGAUUUUCACAAGAUACAUUUUGCUUUUAUAAAAUUUUAUUUCAGAUGCUUUUCAACAUUUCUUUCAGAAUAUUUUUCUUCUUUUUGGUUCAGACAAAAAUAAAUUUGUGAGAGAAAUGUGUUUCUGUAUACAUCUCUUUACAUAGAUUUAAUAUUUUGUAUGUUCUAGAAAAUAUGUGUAGCCACAUCAUUUCGGUCCUUUCAGAGCUCACUACAGUCGAAAAAGUUAAUUUCUAUGUUAUCAAUAGAUAUUAAUCAUGAUUAUGAUGUCAAAGUGUUACUAUGUUAUAUUUCAUUAUACUAGUUAGUACAUAUACAACAAAUAGUGUUUUCAAUAUGAAAAAUGUAGAGGUAAUUUGAUUCUUAAUUGACUUGGCUCAUGUAAGUUUCGGAAUCUCAUUAUAACACCCAAUCUCAAAUCCAUCUUCUAUUCUUGUAGCUUCAAAAGAAAUCCUAAGUUUGCAUCAGUGAACCUGAAGAAGACAGUAACAAAUGACAGAUCAAAACCUAGGAUAUGACGUGGAGUAAACACACCAAGAUAGACAGUUUCACAGUUACACCAACAUUCCAUCUCCAAGAAGAGUGACCAAAUGUUGUAUAUAUCUUCAGUAAUAUUCUAUAUUUUCAUUUCAUGUUAGUAAAAAUAUUUACCAUUUAUUUUAUGACAAAUAUGAAACAAUUAAUUUACCUUAUUAAAAAAAAUUGUUUAUUUAUGACCUGGUUGGAAAUUGCUUUAAGGUGGUGUGAUAACAGCAUAGUAGAUAAGAGAAACUUGAAUGGCCAUGUAUGUGACCAGCGGGGGUACGACAGGUGUAAACUAGAAGUCACAUGUGACCAGCGGGGGUACGACAGGUGUAAACUAGAAGUCACACUGUGGUAAAAGCUGAGUGGUUUUCAUCCAUGUCAUUUUACCAACUAUAUCAUAUAGCCAAAAUGUGAGUCUCCUUUCUAGGAAUUCUGGAAAAUCUUCCAAGUUGUAGGAUAUACCUGUAAGAAGGAUGAAUAUCAAGUUUCGAUCUUGGAAAACAAUAUUUAUGAUGCAUGGAUCAGUAACACAAAAGAGAGAUGGUAUCCGUUGUAAUGUAUAUAUAGUAAGAUGAAGUUUUUGUCAUAUGUUGUUACUACAUCUACAAGUAUUUGUACAUAAACUCAUACCUCACAUUGUAUAAAACUCAUACCUCACGUUGUAUAAAACUCAUACCUCACGUUGUAUAAAACUCAUACCUGUUAUUGUAUAAAAUUCAUACCUGUUAUUGUAUAAAACUCAUACCUCACAUUGUAUAUUAUUCUUAUUACCUUACCUGGCUUGAAGACCCAGGUGAGUUUUACUUCCUUCAUGCAUUGUUUAAUGCUUUUUUGUCAUCUGUAAUAAUUUUUUUCUUUAAAAGCUACACAAUUUCAGAAUGGAUGGAAUGUUUUUGACUAAAAUUGACAGGAAUUGAUCCCUACAAAGAAUUAAUUUACAAUGGACUAUGAGAUGAAGGGGAUUCAGUGUUGUGUAAAGGAAAGAAUAAGGCUAUAAAUGAGACAGGACAAAUAUCUGUUUGAAGAAGAAAUGGGCAAUUCUUAACAACAACAAAAGUUAUCAUUCCCUGGCCAUUUGCUGUGUUAAUCCCAAUUUGAAAUCCAAGAUACAUUUUCAACUUCUCAGCUUCCAUGGACUGAUUUUGACAAAACAAUCAGUAUGUAUACACUGCUAUUAUUUUGAUUUUUUGUUUGUUAUACCUGGUAUUUUAGCCAAUUGCAUCUGUUCUCUGAAAUUAUGGUAAAGUAAUACAAAUUAUACUGUCAUUGUCCCGAACAGGCACAUGCUGUUUUUUUAUGGUAAAGUAAAAUCUUAUAUGAUCAUGACCACCUCAAAAUAGCUGAGAUGUGAUUAAAUCUCUGUGCCAUAAAAAUGGUGUUAAAUUUAUAUUGUUUCAAUUUUAUCAAAAUUCAUCAUGGUCUUUUUAAUCAGUGUUAUUAUAAACAAUAGUACUUAUCAAAGUUAUCAAAUUUUGUUAUUGUAAAUUAUAGAAAACAAGUGCUGAAAAUCUGUGGAGUCUGCUUCACUUGGUUUAUUUCAAUCAUAUCUCUGCAAUUAAUUCUGAGGAUUGGAAUGUGCUCUAGAUAUAAACAUGUAUACUUAGUUCAGGCUAAGAUGUCACAAACCUACUUAAGCUAAUCACCAGUUUGAUUUGAUUUAAUUUGUGUAACAUUCUUUUAACAGCCAGGGUCAUAUCACAUGGAUGAAAGAGUAUAUAUAUACCUCAUAGUAGCAUGGAUUUGGUGCUCAAAAAGAUAUUGAUGAUGUUAACAUUUAUGUCAAUAUUCAGUUAAGAUGAAAACAAAUGUAUUUUUGUAGAAUUAAAGGGUAAAUUUUUUAUGUAAAAUAUAAGCAGCUUACCAUUAAGUUUUUGCUAUUAAAAAGUUUAUACUUUGGGCUCAGAUUUUUUGUUUGAAUUAUCUCCCUUUAAAAGUUUUUGUCACAUAAGCCAAUGUUAUAUUAUAUUAUAAUGUUGCAUUUAAUCAUCAAAUUCCUAGAAUAGUUUGAUUCUACAAUUCAUGGUAUAAUUAUACAGAUGUUUACAGUAACCUUGGGAACUUGGUAUAGAAAUCUUUUAAAAAUGGAUCCAUAUGUAUAAAUUGCCUUUCAGUAAUGACAUGCAGAAUCACAUUCCUGUUAUCAGAUGUAUUGAAAUAUUACGUCGAUGUUGUUAAACCUGAUAUAUAUGUAUGUAAAUAUAGGAUACCAAUUAGGAUCACUUAGUAGCAUUACAAAAUUAGCUAGUCAGUAAAGAAUCCGUGCCAUUUGCCACCAUUUGUAUCAAAGUUAUUUUCCGUUUUUUGAACAGUGCUUACACAUGCCUUGAUUACCAGCUCUGUGAUAGAUGUGUUCAUGUCAGGUUUUGGAUGAACUUCUUUAUUGAUUUAAUGCAAGGCAAAAGUGUUUCUGACUCCCCUGAUAUUGAGAUGUAAAAUACAGGAUGUGAUAUUGCUUCGUGUUGAUUUAUAUCAAAUGUUAUAUAUUAUUUUUACAACUAGAUUUGUGCAAUUGACUAUUUGUACAACAUGAAUGAUGUUUGUUGGAAAUUUGAGAUGAAAAAUAGGAUUAUUUCCCCCAAAGUUAAGUUUUUACAGUGUAAAGAACCAUCACCAUUAUGUCCCACAGGAAGUGUACAUAUACUAAUCAUUCCCAACAUUCCUUGUUGUACAAUGCCAAAGGAACAUUUUGUUUGAUAUGUAAAUUAUUUUCUAGUAAUCUGAUUUAUAGAAUUGUUAUUUGUUUAAUACGAUGUCCUUUACUGUUCUCUAAUGCUUUAAAUAUAAUCUAUGGUGAAGUAAACAUUAUCACAGGUGUUACAUUGGUUUUCAUGUCAUUGUCAAUACAUUAUAUUUAACUAUAAGUACAUGUAUGGUAUAGCUAGUAUAAAGAAAUUGUCCUGUUUGUAUAUAUAUUAUUAUCCAUGUGUAUAAUUUCUGUAAGGUAACAUUGUUUUACCCAAGUAUGUGAUAUAUAUUAAAACCUUAAUUGACUCACCACAUAUUCAGUAUUUUAAGACACAUAGGAAUUACCUCCCUUCCUUUACACAACCCGUUACACACACAAAAUCAUAUAUAACAGACUAAACCAAUUUAAAGUAGACAAAUCUUUCACUAUUUAACUUAUCAACAUUAUAUGUUGUGGAGAUAAACCUUUACAUCCCGGUCCUUCUGUCAGAUGACCAUUGUAUUUAUUCAUAAAUACAGCCACCUUUAUAUUAUAGUAUCCUUGCUGUCUCUGUAUUAUUAUUUUUGUAGUAUAGAGAGUCAAGUUUGGAUAACACAAACAUUCCUAUAAGUUAAGAUUCAUACAUUAUGGAGGCUGGGAUCAUAUGCUAUAUGUCUUUAUCAUAAGGGCAUUAUGUGGGUCAUAGAGUUUCUAGCUGAAAUAUUUCAUCCAUGUCUUAAUCAAUGUCCUCCUAAUUCAAAGACACAAAAAGAGAAAACAAUUUAUGUAGAGGUACUUUAUAUCAAACCAAAUUUUGCCAUAUUUUUUGUAAAGUCAUUUUUUUUCUUUCCUUUACGAAUACUACCAUCUAUUGAAUACUGAAAUGACAAAAUUCCUCAUAUUGUGAGUAGUUUCAGAAGUAAUAAUUUCAUAAGUCCUCAUAUCUAUACUCAUACUGCCAGUAUUAGUGCACAGUAUAUUGCCUUGUAAAGGGAAGGAACUCCAUUUUGUCUUGGUGGUAUAUUUUGUCAUUUGAUGCAAGAUAUGAAGUGAUUCCUGAUGUGUAUAUAUAAUCUCUAUGAGAUCCUCUCCAUGAACUUAUUUUGGGUAGAUCUGAUUUUUGUUAUUUCCAAUUUUUAAUAAACAAAUGAUCUUUACAAAAUAUCUACGAAAAUGUGAUUACAAUCUAUAGAUUUAUCGACAGAGUAAAGGAACCCAAAAUUUUGAUUGCCAAAUUGAAAUGAACCAAAAGAUUGAGAUUGUUUAAAUUGCACGUGUCAGUAUGUACAAUAGAUAAGUGGUUAGUUGCUACAUGGUUAUCUCUAUAUAUAUUUGUAUAUGCUAGAAAAAUAUUAAAGCAUGCCUACAUUUUCCCCACACAGGAAAGAUGAAGGCCGAUAUCCUAAUAAAAAUUAUAAAAAACA